AUGAUAUCAUCAGAAAUAGCCGGUGCUAUUGAGGAAACCGAUCUCCGGUUUGGUCGUCCUCCAGCGGAGAUAAAACCCGUAGCAAACUCUGAGGAUAUCACUCUCUCCCAGAGGAUGAUUAGUGCAUGUUCUGGCUCAUUUAUAACAUCGUUAGUGGUCACGCCGUUCGAUGUGGUCCGUAUUCGGAUCCAACAACAAGAAAUUCUUCCGGCGACCUGCUGCGAAGUUCCACCUCCUACAAGUAAUAUAGGAAAUACGCUAAAGAACGGACUUACAAGGAAUACGUUAACGGAAGCUGUUACUUCUUCAGCGGCCUCAAAGCCAGAACUCUUUUGGGUGAGUCAACAUUAUUGUAAAGCUGCUGAAAACUGUUCCAAGAUUAACUCCACAUUCCAAGGAUUCGGAGUUAUUGCCAGGUCUGAAGGACUACCAACCCUUUGGAGAGGUCUUCUGCUUACAUUACUCAUGGCCAUCCCUUCCAAUAUCAUAUAUUUCACUGGAUACGAAUAUAUCAGGGACCAUUCUCCGUUGAAACUGCAUUUUAUAAACCCAUUACUUUGUGGAAGUUUGGCGCGUAUAAUGGCAGCCACGUUUAUAGCACCAAUAGAACUCGUGAAAACGAGAUUACAGGCCAUACCGUUGGAGAAAAACGGGAAAAACGGUGGUGCAUCUCCCAAAAUGUUGACCCACUUGUUAAAAGACCUGCUUGCUGUAGUCAAGGAAAGGGGACCAUCUUCACUCUUUAAAGGGUUACAAAUCACAUUAUGGAGAGAUGUUCCCUUUUCAGGAAUUUAUUGGUCAUGUUAUGAACUUUUGAAAAGCCAGAUAGGGUCAGUUCUUAAAGCCGAGUUCGACAGCUCGAAAAAUGAUGAUUUGAAAGUAUUCACCACAAGUUUCCUUUCUGGGUCUAUUGCCGGAACAGUGGCCGCACUCUGCACAAAUCCAUUUGAUGUAGGGAAAACAAGAUUACAAAUCACCAGUGAUAUGACCAAGGGAAAUGCCCCUAAACCAUCGAUGUUCAACUUCUUGGUUUCAAUCUAUAGACGUGAAGGUAUGAAAGCCCUCUACAGCGGGAUAUGGCCGAGAAUCAUGAAGAUUGCACCUUCAUGUGCCAUCAUGAUCUCGUCGUAUGAAAUCGGGAAGAAGUUCUUUAAAAAGGAAAACAAUAAAUAG